AUGUCCACAAACAAAGACCUCUACAACCGAGGCCUCGAAACCCGUCGGGCCGUCGUGGGUAACGAGCACGUUGACCGUUCCCUCAACAACGCAACCGACUUCUCCCGCCCAAUGCAAGAGAUGAUCACCGAGUGGGCCUGGGGAAACAUCUGGAACCGCCCCGGGCUAGACCGCAAGCAGCGCAGCCUCCUCAACAUCGGGAUGUUGACGGCAUUGAACCGCUCGCAUGAGCUGGGUGUUCAUAUCCGCGGCGCAGUCAACAAUGGACUGACGGAGAUUGAGAUCCGGGAGGCGAUCAUACAUGCGACUGUCUAUUGUGGUGCACCGGCGGGAAUGGAGGCGACGAGGACGGCAGAAAGGGUGUUGAACGAGAUGGCUGAGAAAGGGGAGCAUCAGCGCGAGCUAAAGUAA